AUGCCCGACUCAGACGACGACCUCUUCGCGACCCUCGAAAACGAAGCCGACACCCUCUACCGCGACACGCGCAUCCAACAACUAAACGCGGAGCUGGCCGCCACAAAAGACAACCACUCCGCCACCGCAACACACGGCAGCACCUCCCUCCUCCAAAACGAAGUCUACCCCACCCUCUCCAACGACCAAUCCGUGCUAGACUUCACAACCAGCACGAGCAGAUGUCUGGUUCACUUCGCACACCCGGACUUCGCCCGGUGCGCGGUGAUGGAUAUGCGGCUGGGCGAGCUGGCGAGUGCUCAUUACGAGGUUUCGUUUGCGAGGGUUGAUGUGCGGAAUACGCCGUUUAUUGCGUCGAAGCUGGGGAUUCAGGUUUUGCCUUGUGUUAUUGGGUUUAAGGAUGGGGUUGGGGUUGAUCGGGUUGUUGGGUUUGAGGGGUUGGAUGCUCGGGGGUUUGAUGGGGUUGAAGGGUUUGAUGUCAGGGUUUUGGAGAAGAGGUUGGUUGUUAAGGGGAUUUUGCUGGGGGCUAAGAUUGCGGGUGGGGAUGAGGAUGAUGAUUUGAGGGAGAGUGAGGAUAGUGAUGAUGGUGGUGGUGGAAGAGCGUUUGGGAGACAGAAGGGGAGACGGGGCAUUCGGAAUGCGAAUCCUAAUGUGAGAAAUCGGGGUGAUGAUGAUGAUGAUGAUGAUUGGGAUUAA